AUGAGACAGAUGUGCCCUAUGAGGACGCGAGGUAUCAUCUGGUACGAGCAGUGCGAACUCAGGUACUCCAACCAGAGUUUUUUCGGGACAGUGGAUGAAGUGGGGAGGACAUUCUGUAGCUUAGAGGAUAGUUCUGUGGCCUAUGCUUCUGCGACACUGGAUCUGAUGACAAAACUCGUCGAGGAGGCACCGAAUAGACCGCUCUUCUCUGCGGCCGGAAACCAAUCUGUUGGGAGAACAGAGUCAAGUUAUGGUCUGGUCCAGUGCACGAGGGAUCUCAGCAGUGAGGACUGCCGGAGCUGCCUGACGAAAGGGAUGGUGGAGGCAUCCUCAACCUGCAGGAUGAGACGGGGUUGGAGGUACCUGUCCGGCAGCUGCAACCUUCGUUACGAGAAGUUUGCCUUCUUCGACGCCUCAAGCUUGUCUAUCGCCGCCACAAACAGCGGUGAGUAA